GUAACACUGAACAGCCCUUCAGUGAACUGAGCUGAAGACAAAAAUCACAUCCAGAAACACGGCAGACACGGGCCAGGCAGAAACACUGAAGGAAAUGAGUCCACACGUCCAGUUUUAAAGCUACUAUUGAGUCAAAACCCUGAUUAUUUUGCAUCUGCUCGAGUUUUAGCCAGGAAAACCGAAGCGUUCAUCUGUUAACGUUAGCGGGUCAAGAUGAUUCCACACAGAGAGUUUCCGUUGCCUGAUUAAACCCUUUUUUCAUCCUACAGUUACAGUUUAACGGCAGAUUUUUUUGUGGAGAAUUUAAACAUUUCCCCGCUCGACUUUAUGGCGUUUUUAGUGAAGAAGAAGAAGUUUAAGUUUCAGACUCAUGUUACUCUGGAGGAGCUGACAGCGGUUCCCUUCGUCAAUGGAGUUUUGUUCUGCAAAAUCAGAUUGCUGGAUGGAGGAGACUUCACUGCUUCAUCAUCCAGGGAAGAAGUCCACCAGAACUGUGUUCGCUGGAGGAAGAGGUUCUCCUUUGUGUGCAAGAUGAGCGCCAACUCAAACACGGGUGUUCUGGACCCCUGCAUGUGCCGCGUCUCUGUCAGAAAGGAACUGAAAGGAGGAAAAGCAUAUUCAAAGCUGGGCUUUGCUGAUCUGAAUAUGGCAGAGUUUGCGGGAUCGGGCUGGACGGCGCGCUGCUGUCUGCUGGAGGGAUACGACACCAAAAACACACGACAGGACAACUCCAUACUUAAGGUGACCAUUGGAAUGACGCUGUUAUCUGGAGAUCCUUGUUUUAAAACUCCACCAAGCACUGCUAAAUGUAUUUCUGUGGCUGGACAAGACCCUUCCCUGCAGCUGGACUGUAAAGGAGAAGGAACUGCUGAGGUUCUGCCCCGAAUGGCUAAACAGAGACCAUCCAUACUCGGAUCCGCUCUUCCUGAGGAGGCGGAUCAGAGUCAGAGUCCUGAUGAAUCCUUUCACACGGGUCAUUCACGCAACUCCAGCUACGCCAGCCAGCAAAGCAAACUCUCAGGCUACAGCACUGAGCUGUCGUGCUCCUCCAGUCUGUCAGACUUGACCCACCGCAGGAACACAUCUACAGGCAGCAGUGUGAGUGCAGAUGCCCCGUCAGAGAGCGACAGCCGUCCUGAUCGCCCUCCUCGACCCCCGCGGCCUAUAUUACCCUCCAGCAGACCCCCACGGAGGAAGCAGGAUUCAGUGGAGGAUCAGCCGACGUGGGUCAACGACACGCGCAUCGAUGCAGACGACAUCGUGGAGAAGAUCGUGCAGAGCCAGAACUUCUCUGACAUCAGUAAUAAUGAAGAUAGUAACCUGAGGCUGUUUGUGAGCAGAGAUGGAACGACAGCACUGAGCGGCAUUCAGCUGGGAAACAGGGUCUCUGCUGGAGUUUAUGAGCCUGUGGUCAUCGAGAGCCAUUAGAUGCACACUCUUCUCUCACUUCAUCAUCAUCAUCAUCUCAAUACUGGAAGAAUCACACACACACACACUCACUUCAUCAUCAAGUCUAAUCAGUGCCAAACGCCACAAGGCUUUACCUGGACGGAGUUAAGUGUUUCCCUGACACACAUGUUGUUUUUGUCUGUUUGUUUCACAUCUGUAAGUGUUUGUUGUUGUAGUCUUUCAUUAGCGAUGAACACUACGCUUGCGCUGAUGAGCUCUUGAAGGGCUGUUGUGUGUUUUCCUGGAGUUUCAGCAGGUCUGAAUGCUGUGAAAGGACACACACACACACACACACACACACACACACACACACACACACACACACACACACACACACACACACACACACACGUUUGAAAACUGCAGUUUUCCUCUCAUCAUGUGUAGGAAAACCAAUGCACUUUACAGGAGAAUCUCACACACACACACACACACACACACACACACACACACACACACACACACACACACACACACACACACACACACACACACACACACAC